CCGAAGUCAUAUGUCUCAGUACUGUACGUGGUUGAGGUUGUAAAGUCUCUCGAAACGAGGAAAAAAGACUCUUUAAAACCAGGACGGAAACUUAUUCAAUAUGGGACUGUCUUACUCUUUCUUGAGAAAUCUUGGACAUCCAGUGUUUUCUGUCGGGAGCAGGGACACAAUGUGCUAUACUUAGUAACACUGCUCGUUUUAUUACAACAGAAUCACACUUGGGGGAAACAUCUGUUUUCUUGCGUAGCCUCUUUCGCGGAAUAUUUCGUCAUUUUCUACUGUAUCGCCACCGUUCACACCUAGGGGAAGUAGGUGUUUACCUCUUUGCAAUGCCGGAGCACAUGACUUUGGGAGAGGAGUAAAAGUUUUCCCCUCGGACCAUUAACACCUGACACCCUCCACCAUCUACGCUCCCCUCGCCGGCAUGACCCUGGACGCGGUGUCCGGCUCCGACAGCUCGUCGGCGGUCAGCUUCUGCUCCUGCUGCGGGGCCAAGAUCGUGCCUUACUUCAGCGAAGACGCGGUGGUGUCAAAGAAUCAGAUCAACCAACUUAUCAGUGAGAGUUUUCUCACGGUGAAAGGUGCGGCCCUUUUUCUUCCCAGGGGAAAUAGCCCCACGCCUAACUCUGCACCUCGCAUCAGCCAGCGCAGGAACAAGCACACAGGUGACCUCCAGAAACAUCUUCAGACUAUGUUCACUGUGCUGCGGCCGGAGGACACCAUCCGACUGGCUGUUCGUCUGGAGAGCUCCUACCCUCAGGUAACCCGCUACAUGGUGGUCGUCUCCACCAAUGGUAGACAGGACACGGAGGAGAGCAUCGUGCUCGGCAUGGACUUCGUUUCCUCUGAUAGCUGCUGCACAGUGGGUCUGGUUCUACCUCUGUGGAGUGACACUCUGAUCCACUUGGAUGGAGACGGCGGUUUCAGCGUGUCGACGGUGAACAGGGUUCACGUUUUCAAGCCGGUUUCAGUCCAGGCCAUGUGGUCGGCCCUCCAGUCACUCCACAAAGCGUGUGAUGUGGCUCGCUGCCAUAACCACUACCCAGGCAGCCUUUUCCUGACCUGGGUCAGCUACUACCAGAGCAGGAUCUCAUCCAACCAGUUCUGCAUCAACGAGUGGAACGCCAUGCAGGACGUCGAGUCGCACCGUGCCAAUUCACCCGUUCUCUUCACAGACCUGCCUACAGAGAGGGAGCGCACUGAAAGGCUGAUCAAGAUGCGCCUCAGAGAGAUCAUGAUGCAGAAAGACCUGGAGAACGUUACCUGCAAAGAGAUCCGGACAGAGCUGGAGAUGCAGAUGGUGUGUAACCUGAGGGAGUUUAAGGAGUUCAUAGACAACGAGAUGAUUGUCAUCUUGGGACAAAUGGAUAGCCCCACUGAAAUCUUCGAACACGUCUACCUGGGCUCUGAGUGGAACGCCUCUAACCUGGAGGAGCUGCAGAACAGCGGAGUGCGCUACAUCCUCAAUGUGACCAGGGAGAUCGACAACUUCUUCCCAGGGAUGUUCGAGUAUCACAACAUCAGAGUGUACGACGAGGAGGCCACCAACCUGUUGGAGUACUGGAAUGAGACCUACAAGUUCAUCACCAAAGCCAAGAAAGCCGGUGCUAAGUGUCUGGUUCACUGCAAGAUGGGUGUGAGCCGCUCGGCCUCCACAGUGAUUGCCUACGCUAUGAAGGAGUACGGCUGGGACCUGGACACCGCUUUUGACUAUGUGAAAGAAAGACGAGCCGUCACCAAACCAAACCCUUCCUUCAUGAAACAGCUGGAGGAGUAUCAGGGAAUUCUGCUGGCCAGCAAACAAAGGCAUAAUAAGCUAUGGCGCUCCCACUCUGAUAGCGACCUAUCAGAUCGCCCAGACCCAUUGUGUAAACCUUCAUCCCACUCCCUGGGCCGCUCCGACUCGCACAACAACAACAUAUCCUCUCCCUCCUUACAUCACUUCCUGGGCGUGGCUGUGCUGCAAGCUCUAGGUGCUGAACCUGAAGACUCUGCCAAAUCCACCUCUGACUCCCACACACACUCCAAUGGUGUGUGUGACUCACCAGUACAGGAGGUGGUCAAAUCAGACUGUGAAGACCUCCUCCUGCCCCCCCUGCCAAGACCCAGAGCAGCCACUGUAGUCCCAGAGGAAAGAGUGGACAAUUCAGCGAGUGUGGCGGUCACCGUGCCUGUUGCUGUACCCCACCCCCCACCAUCGCUCCACAUCCUGCCCCCGACCCCCGAACUCCAGCGUGCUCACAGGGGUCCUCCCACACAGCUGUCCAGUCCAGUGCACAAACACAAACCAGUGGAACUGUCCCUUGAUUUGCCUGAGCGAAGCAGCUCAGGAGAGAUUUCUCCCCUCACUCUAGGAUCCACUGAUUCAGACACAAUAGGACAAUCUCUGUCAGAUUUACCCAGUGACAAACACAGCCCCCUCAGCCCUGUCACCCUCCCCCCUCUCCCCCUGGUCCUCUCCUCGGGUCCCAGCGACGACAACAACAACCCCAGCGAGUUACCCAUAGGCAGUGCCUUUGACAGCCGUGGCGAAGCCGACGGGUCGUCCAACCACAGCGCUGACAGCAUCGACUUCUUCAGCGCCAGGGAAAAGUUUCUGGGCUUGGCCCAAGAUGGCAGAACACGGACUCUUUCUGAGCAGGCACAACAGAGGACUGUGUCUCUUGACCUUGAGGAAAACAGAGAAACAGAGGUGAAGGAAGAAGAAGAGCGGGGGAAUGGGACGAGUCAGGCGUCUCCACAGUCUGAGGACAGCGUUGACAAAGCCAGCCCUGACCGAACCCCUCACCAUGACAACGGAGUAUCAGUCCGCCAUAUUGUCACUGAGAUUGAAGCCAUAUGCCACCCAACUUCUUGCCUCGCUACUCCCUCCUCCUCCACCUCUCCCUCUUCAUCUUCCCUCCCUCCAUCCUCUCACAGCCCUCAGCUCGUUCGACCGGAACAUCAGGGAGAGGCAGAGACCGAAGUCACGCACGGCUCUUUGACUCCGCCUUCACACCCGCAGUCUCCCUCCAUGCUGCCGUGCGACUGGCCGGCGGGCUCGGUGCGGCGGGCCACCGAGCAGCUGGAGCAGAAGCUGAAGCAGGAGAUGGAGAUGGCGGCGUCACAGCGAUCCCCACUGCAUUCCCCCAGCGCUGAGCACCCUCCUGCCCGAAUGUCCCUGUGCUCCCUGAGCACUGAACAUCCUCCCCUCCGCUCCCCUCAGCACUCCGCAGAACAAAGGAUCACUCAGGGAGAGAACACAGCUGUAUCUGCUAAGUCCAAAGACAGAGAGAAGCAUACAGGGUCACAAAGACUCAACUCCUCAGGCACAGACAACCUCCCAGACCCUUCAUGCUCCCCUAAUUCCAUUAUCAGCCAAGACUCUGGUGCUAUACCUAUCAGCGCGCACACAUCCAUAGAUAGCCAUAUGCUGACACAAGCUCAGACGUCAUUACCGGCCUCUACUAGUCAGAUAGUAGAAUCAUCUCUAGAUACCUCAGCCACCUCUCAAAGACAGAGCCAGCUCCACAGCCAAAACCAGCAGUGUCAGACACAGCCCCAGGCCUCUUCAAACCAAAUCACUCUGGAUGGGGCGACAGUCCAGGAGUCAGACACAGAUGAGAGACUGGAAUCCAGUUCCCAGGGCGGGCGAGGGGGCUGUGGCCCCGGCUGUGACGCCAAGAGCAGGCUGGCUCACGGCAGCCAGGAGAUCGAGAGGAUUCAGCAGACACUGAGAGAGCUGCAGGCUUUCCUCCAUGAGGGCAUCGGCCUGGAGACGACGGCCAGCCGAGACCUGGAACUGGGGCAGCCUCAGGGGCUGAGAGACGCUAUGGACACAGAGCCAGGACCUUGUAAAGGGGCGAGUUCCGAACAGACCCCUCCAGGCCUGGAAGCGGUGCAGCAGCUCAGAGAAAGACAAGACGGGAAGAAUUUCCUGGAGCCAGCAGGAUGGCACAGAGCCAUAGAGCUCGAGGCUCGUAUCCGCCAGGCGGGCCUCACCCCCCCUUCUCUCAUGAAGAGGUCUGCCUCCCUGGCUAAACUGGACUGUCUGGAGCUGUCAGCCAACGACCUCAGUGACCUGGACCUGAGGUCACACACCAAGACAACAUCAUCACACUCCCGUGACUCUUUCACCGUGUCACCAACCCACCCAGACGACACCUGGAAGAAGCAGAAAGUGUUGGCUCAAAACACUGAAAAGACCGGUUCGCUCCAUAAACACUCAUCCUCGCCGCCGUCCCUCAGCUUCUCCUCCGCCCCUCACCUUUCACCGAAAGAGGAGACGGGUGAGAGGGAGGAGCCGGACGGCAGCAGGAGCAGCACGCUCACUACGACGUCAUCACGUCAGCAGGGGAGAGGUCACUCGUCGAGACGUUCCCGUAAAGCUGAGAAAAAGCAGCGAGCCGUCACUGUGCUAUACAACACCAUGUAACCUCACUGCAACGGACUGGAACGGGCAUGACUGGAGGCUGCGCAGAUGUGUGAAAGAGGCCGCAUGAUGUGUAUGAAUGUGUAGCAGGUAAACUGUAGACACUGUGUAACCUCAGAUGUACGUAGAGUGUAAGGAAGUCACGAAUGAUGAACAUGUUUGCAUGUAAACCACUGGAUGUGUUGUUUAAACUGGACUUCAGGUUUGUAUGUACAGUAAUGAAAUAUGAAUGUCCAAAUUAAGACUGAACCCGUGCAUACUGUAGCCUAUGCACUCCAUUAUGUCUGUUUCCCUUCUUUUUUUUUUUUUCUUUUUAGGAGCGUUUGUUUUUCAGUGUGUGACCCUCGCUGCCUGUUGAAAUAAGAGGGGCUUUUUCUCAAAACAUGCACUUUACUGUUUAGAUGACUUUGUUUAAUUUGAAAUCUGUUUCUUACCCCAAAGGAGGAUUCGUUUGCACUGAUCUCAGUGGGGGCUGGACGGUCUCUGUGUGCGUGUUUUGUUUUUUUUGUUUUUUUUUUCUUUUCUUUUUUUCUAAGUGGACAGACAUGUCAUUACAGAUUUUUAAUUGAACCAGGACAAAGCUGAUAUGAUCUUUUUUAUUCUGUGCGUUAGCAGUAAAUAAAUAUGGUGAGUUUG